AUGUCAUCAGAAAGCAUCCCAAAAAUACCAGAGAGACCCUCGAGGACGAAGACAGUUGAACUCUCUCCAUCCCCUGGCACUGAGGCAGGAAAUGCGAAGGCUAGCAGUGAGCCAUCAACAUUAGUGGAAAAGCCUACUGUACCAAGGCAGAGGCCCAUGUUGAAAGCAAAGACCAUGACUUCGUUUGAAAGUGGUGCAGCGUCUGUAGGUUUGCCCCAGGUACCGUUACAAAGGCCGAUUAGACGUUCCACCACUGAAGAGCUGAAUAACGUAAUGGAUAACACUAGCAAGGAAUUGGAGGAGAUUGAAAAUUUGAUCUCGAAGCACAGUGCGCGCAGUACAUGUAAGAAAAAAAUCUCCACUGCUAGUCGAGACGGCGAGGUUAUUUCCAUAUCUCACAACGAACAGGGAACACCGUUAAGCAUGAAGGAAUCUUUUACUCCACAUCCACUCUUGCCCGAAACAAACAGACAUACGGAAGAUGAGGACAAUGAUGAGACUUCCCUUUCUUCGAGCUUAGUAAACUUGUCUAAUGAUGAGAUCUCGAAAGCUAGUGGCUCUGGAGUCUGCCCUGGAAAAGAAGGGGUGAAUGCCGUACUAGACCAUAAGGUAGAGGAUAAAGGUAUUCUUGAAAAUGAUACCACACCUGAGGGUAUUAUACAGCCAGUAGAUGUAAACAAGAAUGUAGAAGAUGAUAAAAGCUGCGCUCAGGCUUGGACCGAAAACGCUGAUUCAGGUGUCAAGGCUGCAAAGAUCACUAAGCUCGCUGAAUCAAGUUUCGAGGAGCUGCAGAAGCAUCAAGAGGAACAGGAAAAAAAAAUAUUCCAAAAUCCUACGGAAGAAGAAAGCACCACGUCUUUAAACGACAAAGCGGGAAUUGAGAAUAGUGCGGAAGAAAAUCCACAGCCAGCUAUAUCUUCUACUUCUAUAGUGGCUGUCCCAGCGAAUGGCAUAAAGAUUCCUUCAAAGUCAAAGAGCGAACAGGGAAAUAAUAUUCCAAUGGUCCCACAGAGUAGACCAAGAAGAAACCUUGAGGCAAGUGUAAAGAAAGAAGGAUCACCGAACGUGGAAAAUAAGCCUAUAUUAGAAGAGCAGGACCCAAUCGAAGUUGAUGCUGAAGAAAAACACAAAAGUCCAGUACUUCCUGUUGAGCGCCCAAAGAAACAUGCGCCACCCCCAGUUCCCAAGAAGCCUUCUUCAAGGAUCGCGGCCUUCCAGGAAAUGUUACAAAAACGACAACAGCAAGAUCUUCAUAAUAAUGGAACUUCACCAGCUACCACCAAUUCAGAGAACAUGAUGAAGAAGGCGACAGAAUCCUCUACUGCAGCCAAUACAACAAAGGCUGAUUUCACAAACAAAUUAAACGGGCUGUUUGCGCUACCUGGUUUGAUAAGCCCAGGACAGCUUCCAGCUUCUUUGGGAAAGAAAUUGUCUUUGCCCGAUGCUGACUCUCCGGGGGAGAAAGAGGAGCAAUCACAGACAAAAAAUGUGUCCUUGAGCACUACUAGGAGGGCGAGGGGGCCUCGUGGACGUAAACUACCCUCUAAAGUCGCUGGUGUGGAAAAAAUUGAAGAAGAUAGUAAUUCCAAUGAAAUAGAAAUUUUUAACAAUUGGAAUGUGUACUCUUUCCCCUCUAAAGAGGUGGCGUUAGAACACAUUACUUCUAAUAAGCAGCCAACGAUUCUUUCAAAUGAGCACUCGGAAGAUGCUCUGAGCGAGGAGGUAAGAGACAUCCGAAAGGGUCAACUAAAACAGCCUUCAAAUGAAACAAGCGACGCUGUUUCUACCAUCGCGCUAGAAGAAAAGAGAGAGAACACUGCCAACGCCGAAUCAGUACCUCUUUCUCCUACCGUAGGUAACAGCGAAACUGUAAGUGAAAAAUCCUUGUCUCUGUCAGAGGCAAUUGCCAAUAGAGAUCAAGAUGAUCUGACAGAGAUUGAGGAACAGCGAAUGGAGAACGAAAUGGAGGCGGAACUAGGGAGACAACUCUCAGGUAGUUACGAAGACGUUGAUUCCGCAGUAAAUUCAGCGGAAGCCCCGUACUCUCCACGCUAG